AUGGAUACAACAGUUAUAGCAACAUUUAUUGAUCUUAAGAUGGAAUCCAUUUGCAUAGAACCCUCCACCUCCUUAAACCCCAACCCUCUGUUCAUUUUCCUAACAACCCACAAACCCUUCUCACGCUUCUCCAUCGCCUACAGAUUCUUCACCUCCUCACACCAAACCGAAAACCAAACCAGACCCAGAAAGCCUCUGGACCUCCUCUUCAAAGAGGCCGUCGAACUCUCCCCAAAACCCGAAAACUCUGACAGCGAAGAUGAAACCAAAGACAACCAGUUAAAGAAGAGCUUGAGGGAUUUGGAGGAGGAGGUCAGGAGCUUGAGAGCCGAAAACAAAGCGAAGAAGAGAGAACCCAAUUCGGAUUCUGAGGGUGAGGUCAGUUUAUACGCAGUGUUCACGAAUAAGAAGCCGGCGGAUGGCAGCAGUAGGAAGCGGAUGGCGGUUACGAGAGAGAGGUCGAAUGUGUUGAAGGAUUUGUCGCAGGAUAUGGAAGUGAUGGCGAGCCAUUUGUUCAAAGAAGGGUACUUUAAAGAUGCCAAUUUCUUGUUUGUGAAUGGUGAUAGGUUGGAUAUUAGCUGUUUCAACAACAGCUAUGGCCGCAGUUUCAUAAGGUUUGCGGUCGAAAGUUUUGCCAGAGACAACCAGAUGGUUGUCAGGCUCGGACUUGAAAAGGUGGCCCUCCUUGGUUGUGCCCUUCCCUUGCCAGAAAGAGUCUGCAGUAAAUGUGUCUUGAAACAGUCGUGCAAGUUUGCAAAUCAGAAUGUGUGA